AUGAUUGAUCUGAAUAUAGCCUUAUCUCAAUUAACCAUCACGAUGCAACAAAAUGUCUACUCGUCAUGGACCGAAGACUAUUCAAUUUGUUUUGUAACCUUUCUCAACUCCAUUCUGUUUCAUACCAUGAUUUAUUUGGUUCUCUCUCCGUUGCUCUCCCGACACUUUAAAUCGUAUCGUGAAGGAGAUGAAGAAACAAAAAUUGAAUGGAAUUCAAGAGUCGUGAGUAAUGUUCAUGCCAUUCUCUAUGUCUUGUUGAGUUGUUAUGCCAUCUUGGUGGAAGAUGCGUUUCCUAAUUUGUCCAUUGAUGAAAGUACAAAGAUGGCACGAGUGGCUGUUCUUUAUGCUGGUGGAUACUUUUUCUAUGACUUGUUGUUAAUUGUUAGAUAUCCAAAGCUUGGAGGAAUUGCCAUGCUCCUUCAUCAUGGUUUUGUCUUGGUCGGAAUUAUUUGUAUCUGGUUUUGUGACAAGUAUUGGGUAGUUUUGUGUUAUUAUUCAAUUCUUGAAGUGUCAACACCUUUUGUGAACGGAAGGUGGUUUUUGAUGUGUUGCGGAUUGAAGGAUUCAGUUUAUUACUGGAUGAAUAAUUUAUUGGUGUGGCUUGUUUUUGGAUUGUGCAGAAUGCCAUUUGUGAUUUUCGGACCCUACUUGAUCUAUGUCAACAACACGAGAAUGUUUGCACACAAUACAUUCUUGGCGAUUUUCCUCUAUAUUCAAAUUGCAAACAUUAGCAUGUUGAAUGUUUACUGGUAUAGUCUCAUGUCCAAGAAGUUGGUUCAAACCGCUUCUUCCAUGUUGAAAGGAAAGAAGGAAUAA